GAAGCUGAAGAGACAGUUCUCCAGAGACACUCUGAAGAUCUACAACUGAUUUCAAACAGAUCACUGCUGUCUGCUGUAGCUUUUCCUCGUUCCAGAAUACAUCGGAAAGUUAACCAUGGCAUCCACUCAGAUCAUUAAGGCAAAAAAGUCUCUCACGACUGCAAGUAAGCUCCGUCAUGACACUCAAAUGAUCAUGCAGCCCUACGCCAACUGGGAAGAGCACUUGAGUCCAGCUCCUCUGUCAAUUACUGUCCUGGGAGAGUUAAUAUUUAUAUCCUCCAAAGAUGAUUUCUCUAUCAACCAAAAUCCACCAAAGGAUGGAUUCCAGUUCAUCAAGUACCCCAAUUCAUUCAGAGCGUGUCUCAUGCAAGUGUGCAAUGCUGGAUGGUAUGCUUUUAAUGAAGCACACACCAGUAUGGACCAGAUUAGACUCCACACUGCAAACGUGCCACAGUAUGUCAGAACGGCUACUGAGGUUAUUCUCAAGAAUGAUGAAAGACUUUUUCAAGCUGUCCUGCCAGACACCUUAGCUAACAUUGACAACAUAGCCAGUGAAUGUAUGCGGCUGUCCAGCUGUACCAAGGACAGGUUUGAGAUGGUCAUUUCAUUGGUUCAUGAGAUCCUUGAAGCAAGUACGAGUGCAAAAGAAGUUUACAAUGAAGAUCUCAAGAAUGUAACACAAAAGAUGGAAGAAAAUGAAGUCCGCAGGGACUCAAAGAUUGAAACAGACAAAAGAACAGCAGAAGACUUAAAGAACUAUAGGUCUAAACUGGAUGCUGCUGAGAAGCUGUUCGACAAAGCAAUGAAGUCAAUGCCAAGCGGAUGGGACAUGAUUGGGAUGAAUCUGGUAGAGGGACUCGCAGAGAGUCUUAAUACUCUAGUUUCUGGCUUAACCAAUUUAGUGACCUUCAACUUUGAUAAAAUGGGAGGCAAGGAAGGCAAAGGCAAAGGCUCAGCGCAGAAACCAGGCACAGAAAAGGAGAAGAUGGAUUUAUACUUUGCAGUGAAGGAUGUGUACGAACAGUCAGGCACCAUCCAGAGAUUGGCUGAGCAAUUGAAGGGUCUGACGGCGGAAAGCAAAAUUGAUUGGGUAGGCUUGUAUGACCAGAAAGAUAAAAAAGCAAAGAGUGAUUUCACAAAAGAAAUGCUGGAGGAAGUCAAAAACAUCAUUACCUCAUUUAAAGGCUCAGAUGCAAAAAACACAGCACUAGAAAUCUGCGGAAAAGGCAUAUCCAUUUGCACAGAGAUGGCAAGCAUUGCCCCCAAAGGAGAAUGUGAAGCCUCAAAAGAACAACAGCUGAUUGAAGAAAUUGCAAAACUGCAUGAACAAGCUCAGACCUUCAACACAAAAGGCAAGGAAGUCACUAAGACAACACCUUUUCCCCCGACACCACCAGGGCUAUCCCAAGCACAAAGCAAAGGUAAGAAGUCAGCAUCAACGUUUGCUGCAGAAAAUGCAAGAGUCCAGAUAGAGGAGACCAGAAAAGCCCUGGACACUGCUAGACAAAUGUACAGCACAGCCGUGGAGAGAUUUGAGAAGAACAAAGAGGAGUUGACUGAAAUUUUGGUCACUCUGAAAAACUGUGACGCCAAGAAGAUAGACUUUAAGACGACCUUGGAGAUUCUAGCUCAGGGUCUUACUGCCCUGGGAAAAGUGAAGGAGCAGUGGGAGAAGAUGGUGCGUUUCUUUCAAAUAGUGUCAACCAUCAUUAAAGCCUCCAUGAAUACUGCUAUGAAAUCGUUCACAGGCACAGCCAAACAGGCCUCUGAGUACUCUAGCAGCGCCUUCCUGAAGGACAUGGUCUACAGCCAAGCAUUCCAAGUCUCCAACGUUGCCAGUCUGGUGAACAUGAUUUCAAGCACAUACACGGAAGUGUCUGAGAAGUACAUCAUGGAUAGGGUCAGCAGCCUAGGAAGACUCAUGGCCCUGGAUCAGAACAGUCCAGAGUUUGACGUGGAACGUAAACAAUUACAAGACGGUUGUGUGGAAGCCCAGCGUGGUAUACUAGCCCUGGUCCAGAAGAACAAGACUGACUUCAACCUGAAGACAGAGGAACGUAUGGUCCAGCUUGAAGAGCUGCAGGUUCUGUUACCCCCACCUACAAAAGAGGAAGAGGAGAAAGUCAAGCGGAUCGUCAACUCGCCUUCUGAGGAAAUCGACCAGUUUGCCUAA